AUGUUUUUCCCAAUUACUGUGCUGGCAUUGGCCGGCUCCGCCCUUGCGGCUCCCUCCAACUCUUCCAAUUCCUCUUCCUCUCUCCUCACCAACAUCAACCAGAUCCAGCAGUACUGGGGACAAAUCAGCCCCUACCACGACAACGCCGACAACCAUUUCGGCGUCUCGGACGUCGGUCUGCCCAAUGGCUGCCAGAUCGAGCAAGUCCACAGCCUCCAGCGACAUGCUCAGCGCUUCCCCACCGGUGCAUUCGACGACGGCGCAAACGAUGCCAACUUCGCCGCAAAGGUCUACAACUUUACCCAGGCGAACCCCAACGCGCAGUUCACCGGUCCCCUCAGCUUCUUGAACUCCUACCAGUACCAGAUGACCUCGAACUACCUGACUGGCAUCGGCGCCUCCACCGAAUUUAUGUCUGGCGUCACCUUCUGGAACCGAUACGGCCGCACGCUGUACAAUGCCACGGUGGGCCAGGUGACAUACAACGCCAGCUACACUAAUGGCACCGCCCGGCCCAAGCCGGUCCUCCGAACGACCAGCCAGCCGCGUAUCUGGGAUUCGCAAAUCUCCUGGGCUCUGGGCUUCUUCGGUCCGUCCUUUUACGAGGUCCCCGAUCCCACAUUGUCCGCAUUUGGCAAUGGAUCUUUGUUUGACGUCGUCAUUAUCCCCGAGGGCGGGACGGAGAACAACACCUUGGCUUCGUACGAUUCGUGCUUUGCGGAUGACUUCACCGACAUUGGAUCGAUCGGAGACCUCGACCUGUUCUUCCAGUACGUGCCCAAGUAUAUGCAAGCGGCCGUCACCCGGAUGAACAAAUACGCACCUUCCGGCUUCACAUUCAACCACAACGACACCUACGCUAUGCAAUCCAUCUGCGCGUACGAAAACGCCUACAUCGGCUCCAGCGAGUUCUGCAGCCUUUUUACCGAAGAGGAGUGGCAAGGCUUCGAGAACACUCUCGACAUCGAGUACUUUUACGACUACUCCUACGGUCAGCCUACCGGCCGAGCACAAGGCUUGGGCUAUCUGCAGGAAUUGCUGGCGCGUCUGACGGACCAGUACAUCACGUCGAGCAACAGCUCGGUCAACUACACCGACACGGACAACUCCAAGGACUUCCCUCUCGGCCGGCCAUUCUAUGCCGACUUUUCGCAUGACGAUAUCCUGGUAUCGGUGAUGACCGCCAUGAGCCUCGAUUACUUCCGCGACCCGCCGAGUCUUACCGAGUACCCCCCGAACCCAGACCGCCACUUCAUCCUGUCGAACAUGACGCCUUUCGGAGCGCGUUUGAUUACGGAAGUCAUUGGCUGCGGCAGCGCCGACCCAACCGAGCAGAAGAGCUUCAGAACUCAAUACUACCCAACAGAAUACGGCUACAACCCAUCCAACGCCACCAACAAAUUCAUCCGCAUGCGUCUGAACAACGGCAUCCUGCCCCUCGACACCAUCCGCGGCGGCAAAUGCAGCGGUCGCAGCGAUGGCCUCUGCGGCAUGGAGGACUUCCUCGCCUCGCAGUACCAGGCGGAGGAAUUGGCGAACUACCAGUUCAGCUGCUUCGCCAACUACACGCUGAAGAAUCCCACCAACGGCACCGAUUACGACGGCGCGGUGAGCAAGAACUCGUCGACGAUCAAUCUGUUCCCCGGCGAGCUCACCGCGAGCUACAUUGAUAGCCAGGGUUUGUAA